AUGGAAUCGGUCGCGUUUUAUUGUGAAAAUUUCAACGGAACUUUGCCCGCAAAUUGUUCAACCACGUAUCUGUACUCCAUUGGCUAUUUGGAUCAAUCGAAAGUAGCACGAUUGAAGAUCGGUGGCUGUGACAACGACAAAAUUGCACAAAUCAUUGCUGAUUUUAAAAAUAUACGUUCAUUGGACAUUUCCUGCUCCAAUCUUCGAUCAUUGACUUUAUUCGAUGUAACACUCGAGCAUUUGCGAGCAUUCAACGCCUCGCAUAAUCAGCUAACUGAAGAUCCAGUCGAUAUUUGGACAAAAAUGCCUCGCGUUAUGGACGUCGAUUUUUCAUACAAUAAUUUCAAGGUCCAGAGCUUACCUCAAUCAAUAAUCAAAAUAGAUUUAUCACACAACAAUAUGCAGUACAUUGACAGCUACAAUUCCACAUAUCUUCCGAAUUUGGAAUUCAUUGACUUGAGUCACAAUCAACUAAAGAGAAUUUUUCAUCAGGAUAUAUUUUCAAAGGCGAAAAAUUUAAAAAAGCUACGAUUGGAGGAUAAUCAAUAUGAAUAUUUCGAUGGAAAGUUUCUACAGUUGCUGGAAAGAGAUGUUGAAAUGCAUUUUUCAUGGCAAAAUAUCAUCUAUUUUGAAAUACAGAAAAACAUUGGGAAACCAAUUCGUGUUGUUUUAAACAACGAAGAAGGAAUUUGGCCAUCAACCGAUGGAAAUCACACCGAAUUCCAUUGCAGUGAAGGAAGCUUUGACAGCAUAUUCAUAUUCAGCAUCAUCGACAACCACAUCGAAAAUCCAAGCGAUUUGCUUCGUUGUCUGACACCGUCACUUGGAAGAUUGACUUUAAUCGGUGAAUUCACUGAAAAGUUAAGCUCCACGUCACUUGAACCGUUUAUCAAUCUUUACUUUUUGACUCUGAAUGGCGCGAAAUCGAUGGAAUUCGACUUGAGCUCCAUUAAAAACGCCAACCGUAUCUACACACUCGAUAUUUCGAACAACAACUUGAAGGAAAUUCGGAAUGUAUCGUUGUUGAAGCAACUACCGAUGAUUUACUACUUCAAUGUUGCUGGAAAUCAAUUGAAAAACACACCUGACCUAAUCCAAUACAUCAGAGGACAAGAUUCUCGGUUAUAUUUGAAUGGAAAUCACGUUGGAAAACUGGACGCGAUCACAUUCGAAAACGUCGAUGUAGGCGAGUUGUAUUUAAAAAAUACGAAUCUUUCAAUCGACGAUCUGAAGCCGUUUGAACCACUCGAAAGAUUGCGGAAACUAGAUAUUUCUUUUAACAAUUUGGAAAAUGUUAAUUUUUCAGUGCCAUCGACGGCUUUCAAAGAUUUAGUCCACUUUUCUGCUGCUCAUUGUAACAUCACAAACGCUUCAGAAUUGAUUAAACUUCUUGGUCUACCAAUUGCAUCGCUCGAUUUAUCAGUAAAUGACUUGAAAACAUUGAAUGCCACCAUAUUUAAAGACUUUAUCAAUUUGCAAACUCUCAAUUUGAGCAGAACAAACUUAGUCGAAAUUGACUUUGGCAUUUUUCGACACUCAAACUACCUCCAAGAAGCGGACUUUUCUUACAACACGAUUCAGCGUGUAAGCGUUUCUUCACCAGCAACUUAUUUGGGCAUUCUUUACUUGGAUAACAAUCAGUUAACAGACGUUGAACCAUUUACAACAUUGAACUUUCCGAAAUUGUGGAAGAUGUCAGUAUCAAAAAACCAAAUUCCUUGCACCGCAUUGGCAGAACUCACGCUCACUUGGCCGGAUCUGAAAUUUGUCGAUAAUCCUUCCGAACAAAGACACAGCGAUUGCUCAAGUGUGGUUAGGCUAAUAAACAACUUGGGUUUUGUCGGAACUUUCAUUUCAAAAUGGCUAUAG